AUACUGGAGCAGUCGAAGGCAGUUGGAGAGGCAUUUCCAGAUUUGCCACGGAAUGCUGGAGAAGAGUCGGUUGCAAAUUUGGACAAAAUGCGAUUCGCCAAAGGUGACAUACCGACUGGUGCGCUACGCCUAAAAAUGCAAAAAACGAUGCAAAGGCAUGCGGCUGUCUUCCGACGCGGCGAUAUUUUACAGGAAGGCGUUAAGAAGAUGGAAGCAGUCUUCAAUGAGCAGAAACUUCUGAAAACGGCAGACCGUGGAUUGAUCUGGAAUUCAGAUCUCAUCGAGACGCUUGAACUGCAAAAUUUGCUGCUUUGUGCGGUGCAAACGAUUGUUGCUGCAGAAGCACGAAAAGAGUCGCGGGGCGCUCAUGCACGUGAUGAUUUCAAGCAACGCUUGGAUGAGUUCGAUUAUUCGAUCCCACUCGAGGGGCAAAAGAAGAAGCCGUUUGAUCAACACUGGCGCAAGCAUACGAUCAUAAGUCAAAAUCCAGAAACUGGAAAAGUUUCAUUAUCCUAUCGACCAGUAAUCGACACAACGCUAGACGCCAAUGAGGUGGAAUGGAUUCCGCCAAUCGUCCGAAAAUACUAG